AUGAAACAUAUUUUAAAGAUUCUUGGAUUGCUUGCCGCAUUAUCAGCUGUCUGGGCUGGCCUUCUGGAAACAUCACUGAUCCCCUACAACUAUGUCUGGUUGGUGAGUUCUCUUGUCGUGCUACUGAUCAUAAAUCUUAAGAUGGAUUUUUAAUAAUCUGCAGUUCCUUUGCAGCUUCCCAUCUACUUGAUUGUGUCUCUUGGUUGCUAUGGUCUGCUAAUGGUUGGGGUGGGUUUAAUGGUGUUCCCGACUUGUCCUCAAGAAGCAACGCUGCUGCAGAAGGUUUUUGCUCUUUUCCUGGCCGUUUAUUUUUAUUUAUUGUGCACAUAGAUGCCGUCAUGUGAGCAUUAAGAAGCUUAUAAUCCUCUGCAAAUCCUUACCUAUUUGUUAGCUUUUCAUUACUUUAGGAACAACAACUUGGGCACUUGUUAUGCAAUUGGAAUUAGGAAAUAAUUUUAUUACACUUAUGAAUCGUUGAUAAACCUUAAAAAUACAUUACUUGACAUUGUCCAUUCCAGUUUGGCUAUGAAACUUUAUUUUGUAUUCUUUAUCAGUUUAUUUAAAGAUUGGGGAAAUGAUUACAUACGCGAGAUGCUAUUUCAGUGACUCAAUUUAUGGCCCCAGCAGUGUUUUCAAAUGUUUUGUAAUAGAUUCUCAGGAACUUCAAUUCCCAAGGAUUUAGGGAGUGUGGAUCCACGGUUGCAAUAUUUCCUCAUUUUAAUUGAGUCCCAAUCUUUCGGUCAAUGCUGAUCUAUAGUUUUUCUUCAUAGAAUUGGGGCAUGGGACAAAUAAAAACCUUACCAAUGUAUAAAUAAAAGUUUUCUUCUCAAGUAAAUAGUUUGAUAAUUAUUUCUGUGAUGAAAAUCGUCUGUUUAAUCUGCUCUUGAGGAACUCUCCAGCCAAAAACUGUAGAUUCUUCAAUUCUUGGGGGUUUUCCACUGUUGCAGAUCUCUGAAAAUUGUAGAACCAUCUCAUUGUUCUUACUUCACCUUACUCCUUUAUUAUCACAGAAAUAAAUAGAAGUUUAUCAGUCAAUAGUGUCUCUUGUUUUGUUGUUUUGAUUAUGCCACUUAUUCUCGAUGACCUAAAGAAUCAUAAGGAUGGUGAACCCCAAUAAAUUUCUGUGUCCCUUUUUAUAGUCCUGUUUAUGGGAAAGAGAGACAGAGAGGCAGAGGCAGAGACAGAGACAGAGAGGGAGGGAGGGAGGAAGGGUGACAUCCCAGAUAGCAUUUGAGUCUCUCAAGAACUCUAGUUGAAAUUUUAUGGUGUAAUUGGUCUCCACAUCAAGGUCCUCACUUUCAAAGGGGAUGUGUACCUCCAAUUCUGGUGCUUGAGUCGUUCAUAUCCGAUGAUGAAGUAGGCUGGUCUAAUCGAGAUGGCUAUACCAAGGUUUCUACUUCCUUCUAUACUAGAGGUCCUCCCUAGUUAAAAGGUGAUCGGAUGACUAUUGCUUCACUUUUAUUGAGAUAUGCUUCUUCUUAGUAAAAUUGAUAUUUUUUAUAGCUACUAUGGCUUUUCAGUCAAAAAGCCUUUAAAAGAGGCAAUAAUAAAUCCAACCUUGCUGGACUUUAUCCGGGCCAGAACAGGGCUUCAAAGGGAUCCGGGUUCUAUUCUGUCAAACAUCAGUUUGGAUUGUUUUAUAUGCAGUCUAUUGAUGAAUGUUCUUCGCCAUGCAGGAUAUAUUAGAAGCCAAGGAUUUCUUGAUGAGAAAGGGCAUUGACGUGGGAGCCGCAUAA